AUGGGACAAAUCUUGUCGGAGCCGAUCGUCGACAAGCGUACUUCCCAAGAUGAAGAUGAGAACUUGGCCUUCUGCGUUUCAGACAUGCAAGGGUGGCGUAUCUCAAUGGAGGAUGCCCACGCUGGUGUGUUGAACCUUUCGCAUGAAGCUACUACCAGCCCCACGGAGCGUGUGAGUUUCUUUGCUGUUUACGAUGGCCAUGGUGGCGCAAAUGUCGCACGCUACUCUGGCCGCACAUUGCACUCUCGUCUGCUUGAUUUGCCCGAGUUCAAGGAAAAGAAGUGGGAGGCAGCAUUGCACCGUGCUUUCCUCAAGACGGAUGAGGAUCUACGAAGUGAUCCCGUCUAUGCGAAUGACACAUCCGGUUGCACGGCUGUGGCAGCUCUGAUUGUGCCUGAUGCUAAUGAAAAGGGACGUCGUAUUUACGUUGCCAACGCCGGUGACUCGCGAUGUGUGCUUGGUUUAGCUGGCGAGGCUAAGCCAAUGAGUUACGAUCACAAGCCUGGAAAUGCUGAGGAGCACUCGCGUAUCUUGAAUGCUGGUGGUUUUGUUGAAUUUGACCGUGUGAAUGGUAAUCUCGCGUUGAGUCGUGCCAUUGGCGACUUUGAAUUCAAGCAAAACCCAUCGCUGCCUGCAGAGCAGCAGAUUGUGACAGCUGACCCUGAAGUGCGUUCUCACCAGUGGACUGCUGAGGAAGAGUUUCUUGUGCUUGCUUGUGAUGGUAUCUGGGACUGUCUAUCCAAUCAGCAAGUCGUCGACAUUAUUCGAAGAGGCAUUGCUCAGGGCAAGGCUCUCGAUGUGAUUACCGAAGACAUAAUUGACCGGUGCCUUGCGCCAGAUGCCGAAGUGGGUGGUAUCGGUUGCGAUAACAUGACAUUGCUUAUUGUGGCCUUGUUGGGCGACCGAACGAAGGAGCAGUGGUACGAGUGGGUCAAGUCGCGUGUGGAAAACAAUGUGGGAUAUAAUACGCCCGAAAGUGUGCCACCUGUAUUCCGGUCACACUUGCAGCAGCAAUCGACGGCCUCUAUGCUGGGACAAGCGGCCUCCAAUGUCCAGCAAAAUGCCUCCAUGUCUCUUGGUGGCCUGAGUGGUGGAGAUAUUCUAGCUGCCAUUCCGCGUGUCCUCUCAGGUCAGGCGGUGCACGAGGAUUUCGAUGAGCAAAAUACCGAGCACGGUCGUAUUGUUGCAGAAGAGAACGGAGCCCCAGCGAAUGAAUAA